AUGUCUGAUUGGUUUAAGGUCAAAGAUCUGAUAGAGCAUCAUCGUAAUGCUCUUAUUUGGAAGAAACAACAGACGAAUGAUGAUAAAAAAUAUCAUACAUCUGGUCGUGAAUCUAAUGAAUUGUUUGUUCUUGAGAAUCGCUCAAUAGAUUAUGAAAAGCGAGCGAAAAAUGUUAAAGUACCAGCUGAUCUUGGAAGAAUCCCAUUUAAAAUUGCAAUUAGUAAAGGAUUUUCCAGUUUUAUGGCUGACCAAUAG